AUGUCGCUGGCAAUGUUACACCUUCGAAAACCACACGAUCCGCAGGGUCGAAGGUAUCCACAAGAUUACGGCCCGAGUUUCCCAAGAGGAGACGAAGCUGGUUCACGUGGAUUGCCCGCAGUUGGAGGUGGAGCUCAAGAUUGGCCUCCCAAAACUUCUGCUCAGCCUACUGUUUUCCCGAUAAACAAAUCCAUCAAUGUCAACAUAAUUUCCAUCAAACUUCAUUCCUCCACUUAUAGGGUGGAGAUGGAGAAAGUGCGAGCAAUCAACCCUCUGGAGUGGGACAAGGAGCUCAACCUAGCUGGCCUCAACCUGGCGCUCAGGUAAUG